AAAUCAAUUACUGAUCUUAUAUGGAUAAUAGGAUGAUCAUUUCAAAUUAGGCGAAAUUUAAAACAUGCAAAUAACACUCGAGGCUCAACUAAAACACAAGCUUAAUUUCUAAGGGACCGAUUACUUUAAUCCAAAAAUGUGGCGACAAGUAGCAAAAAUACAAACCAUUCCACAAACAACCUAAAACCUACGCUGCUGUUGUUUCUUACCGGAGCACAAGAGUAGCCUGUACUGUUUACUAAUGUUCUUUCUGACAGCUGAUAUUAUUGACGCACAAAUGUGACGGGGAUUCCGUCAUUUCAAAGCCGAGCCUGCGAUUCGAUUCAAAAGCAGAAAGGAUCCGCUGUAGCUGAUCGGCGCUGCUUGCACUUCUGCGACAAGGCAAUGUCAUAGUUAACAUUAGCUAGCUACGUGUAGGUAGGCAGCAAGCUGGGUUACUCAACAUUACAUUUCGCAAAAUUGCACUUAACGUUAGCCAGCUAGAACGGACUGGCCAGUUCAUGACCCAUUCUUAUGUUGUGGACAUCGUUGAAGGGAGACUUUCUAGGCACCUCGGAAUAAGGAUUUUUUUGCUAAUAUAUCAAGAUGAAUGAGACCGAUGGAGUCAGGUUCAGGAGGUUAAACAGACCUCAGGUCAUAACAGACGAGUCACCAGAACCUCAGUACAAGGGCACAAGCACCUACAGUGGGAAGGUUUUCCGAGUGACACUCCUGACAUUGGGGUCCUUAAUGCUGUUUCCUUUGCUCGGUGUUAUCCUUCUCCUGGAGUCUCCUAUCCAACCAGACGCUGUUAGCCUUGGUGAACCACCGCUGAUGACAGGCUGCUUUGAGCCCAACUUCAAGCUGAGGCAGGCAGUGAGGCUGUUUGAAGAUCAGCUUGUAGGGCCCGAGUCCAUUGCGAACAUCGGAGACGUGCUGUACACAGGCACCGCCGAUGGGAAGAUUGUGAGGAUCGAAGGCAAGAGCAUUCAUGUCGUGGCGACUCUCGGACGGCCACCCUGUGGGUCCAGAGAUGAUGAGCCCACCUGCGGCCGGCCCCUUGGGAUUCGGGUGGGACCCAACGGCACACUCUUUGUUGCAGACGCAUACCUAGGGCUGUUUGAGGUCAACCCCACCACAGGGGAAGCAGACCACCUGGUGUCGACGAGGCAGCUGGUGGGUGGGCGAAGGCUGUCCUUCGUGAACGACCUGGACGUGACACAGGACGGACGGAAGGUGUACUUCACAGACUCCAGCAGCAGGUGGCAGCGCAGGGACUAUCUGCACCUCAUUAUGGAGGCGACGGCUGACGGACGUGUCCUGGAGUAUGACACCGUGACCAGGGAGGUCUCUGUGCUGAUGGACGGCCUGCGAUUUGCCAACGGGAUCGUGCUGUGUCCCGACGAGGAGUCUGUGCUGGUGGCAGAGACCACCAUGGCGAGGAUACGCAGAAUUCACGUCUCGGGGCUCAACAAAGGGGGCAUGGACACCUUCGUGGACAACCUUCCCGGUUUCCCUGACAACAUCCGACGCAGCAGCUCGGGCGGGUACUGGGUGGCCAUGUCGGCGGUGCGACCCAACCCGGGUUUCUCCAUGCUCGACUUCCUGUCUCAGAAGCCCUGGAUUAAGAAGCUCAUCUUCAAGCUCCUGAGCGCGGAGGUGGUGCUGAAGUUCGUGCCGCGGUACAGCCUGGUCCUGGAGCUGCGGGAGGGCGGCUCGUGUGCGCGGAGCUUCCACGACCCCCACGGCAUGGUGGCCGCCUACAUCAGCGAGGCCCACGAGCACGACGGACACCUCUUCCUGGGGUCCUUCCGCUCGCCCUUCCUGUGCAAGCUUGACCUCAGCCAGGUGUGAGCUCCACCCCAGCUGCCACGUCCACUGCCCAACCCACUGCCCCGCCUUGCAAAGCCCCAGUCCCCUCCCCCCCCCCACCCACACCCCCGUCCCCGCUCCCUCAUCCAAUCGGACAAUGCGUGGUGUACUGUUGUUCUGUUCCCCUAAGGAGACAAUGCAACAGGAUCGGCUUCACUGAUAUUUACUGCAUUGCAUUGUUACUUAUUAUGUUUUUUGGCUGGACCGCAACAGUGGUCAACGUGAAUGUCUGUGACUGACUGACUGACUGAGUUAUGAAGUUACACAAUUGGCUCGGGCGGAUCACGUGUGUUAGGUCCAGCCAUAUACUAGGUUUUAACCUGGUCUUGUUUGACUGGAAGCAGAAUCUGCACAGUGAUUGCAGUGCAGGUUGAUGUCAUGGCAAGUGUGGUUUUUAGCACUUAACUAACCGUACGGCUUUAGUAAAAAAAAAAAAAAAAGCUACUGAGUUUAUCUUCUAAAGUUUUGAAACUUUGUAGAGGACUAAAGCAGUCAGCACUUUAUCUUCUCUUCCAGGCCUAGAUGGAUGGAGGCCUUGAUCUCGGCAAAUUUCCCAUAAAAUUGGUUUGUGAUAAAGUUUACAGUUCAUUUUAUGUCCCUUGCCCGUAACCUGCCGGUACCUCCCCGAACUGGACUGCAUAGGGCUGCAUUUUUGGAACAAGGUGCCAAAACCCUUUUUUUUUUUUUGCUUGCAUUUGCACUGUUAUUUCUAAAAUAGGGCUCCAAAACAUUUUUAUUUUCAAUAUUUUGGAGGAUAAACAAUUACUAUCCCUGUGUAAUACACUUGAUUGUAAGUAAUUCCAAACACAGGCAUGAAGAACUAUUCUGAAAGCAGAUUUAAUCUCCCAGUUAAUGACCAACGUUCCAUUUUCAGCUGUGUAGCCAAUAUUUACGGUUACGCAUCGACCAUGGAUGGAAUUUAAAACCUGUGCUUUUUCAUGCUGUUUGCUUCUUUAUAGUGGUUUAUUUCACCGGUUUCGCUUUAUGACUACUGAAUAUGCCUCAUGAUGCACUGUAGGGGUGCUCAGCGCAGACGAAUACAUAUUUGUUUUGGAUUCAAAUACUUUUAUAUGCUUUACUGAUCUUGUCUGGUGCAUUGGAACCAAUGAAAUACUCUCAAGAAAUGCAAACCCCACCUUCUAUUCAUAUUGGCAGACUCAGUUACACCAGGCAAGAUCAAUAGAGCACAGAAAAAUAUUUGAAUCCAAAACAAAUACGUAUUUGACCCAGGUCUAUUUCAGCGUAGCACUGACAUUUCUGCUUCUAGAUAGAAGGGUUGUUUUGCCGGCCCAAUCUGUGGCUAGUAGCAAUGUUUCUCUAGUCUUCCUUUUAGUGAACAGACAAUCUCAAGUCACACAGGUAACGGCAAUGAGGAAGUGCCAUCGUUGGGCGAACAAAAAGUUAAAUUGGUGAUGUUAUUCCGAUUGAUAUCUGUGUGAAAUCUGUUACCUUU